AAAGAAAGUAAGAAAACUCUUAUGCAAUUCUAGUAAUGGAGCUGAUCUUGCUACUUUGGGUUGCCUUUUUUGCUUUACAGACAACUUGUUCUUCUCUUCAAAUUCAAGUGCAGUCCUUGCAUCAAGAAGCAUAUGAAGUCCAGCAGCUUUCUCUUCCAACACUGCCUAGGAAACUCAUUGGAAUCACUGAGGAAAUGAGUUUAAAGGAAAAUGGAGCACAGAAUGGAUUACCAAACAAUCAGCAGUCAGUUGGAGAUGAUACUUCAGGUAAGGGGAACAGAUACCAGAAAGAGCAAGCUGCAAAGCAUGGGAAAGGAGAGACAUGGCAAGAAUGGGCGAAGGGAACUGACCCCUCUCAGUUUUUUACAAUGGAUUAUACACAAGUAAGAGGACAACGACCCAUACAUAACAAGUCCCCGCCUGUUUCUCCAUGAAACCUUGGACGGAGGUGUUUCCAAAUACACAACAAACUUUUGUGGUUGGCUGCUAUUUUGUCCAAAAGCAGCAGUACUUUGCAUGAAUGUAACCAUGGUAGGGAAACGAGGAACUUGUCUCGUUUUAUUUCUGAUAUGGCCGACAUGGAGGAGCAGAAUUCCAGUUUGUUUGUUUGUUUGUGUGUUUGUAUUUUUUUCUGUUCCUUUUUUUAAGCGCUUGUAAUUUACUAGUCAAAUGGGGUUUGCUAACCCCAAUAUAUUGGUAUUUGCUAU